GGGUAAUUCAUGACUGAGGGCACGUGGCCUCCACUCCAUCCCAUCUCCUUUUGGUACUUUUCACACAUGAGGAGAAGACGAGCUUCUUAAACCAGGAGCACCCAGCAUCAAAGACCCCUUGUCCACCAUGAGGGGAGCCUGCAUCAUCACAUGGCUAUUCUCAAGCCUAGGGCUAUGGAGACUCGUACAGCCAGAGGCCCAGGAUGCUGCUCAUUGCCAGAGAGCUGAGCACCCGGUCAUUUCUUACAAAGAAAUCGGCCCCUGGUUACGGGAGUUCAGAGCGAAGAAUGCUGUGGAUUUCUCACGGUUAACCUUCGACCCAGGACAGAAAGAACUUGUGGUAGGAGCAAGAAACUACCUCUUCAGAUUACUACUUGAGGAUCUCUCUCUCAUCCAGGCUGUGGAGUGGGGAUGUGAUGAGGCUACCCAGAAGGCCUGUUACAGCAAGGGAAAGUCAAAGGAGGAAUGUCAGAACUAUAUCCGCGUGCUUUUGGUGGGGGGUGAGCGGCUGUUCACCUGCGGGACCAAUGCCUUCACACCUGUCUGCACCAACCGCUCGUUGAGUAAUCUGACCGAGAUCCAUGAUCAGAUCAGCGGCAUGGCCCGCUGUCCCUACAGUCCCCAGCACAACUCCACCGCCCUGCUCACAGCCAGUGGGGAGCUCUAUGCUGCUACCGCCAUGGACUUCCCUGGUCGUGAUCCCGCCAUUUACCGAAGCCUGGGCGCUCUGCCUCCGCUCCGCACCGCACAGUACAACUCCAAGUGGCUCAAUGAGCCAAACUUCGUGUCCUCUUAUGAUAUCGGAAAUUUCACCUACUUCUUUUUCCGAGAAAAUGCUGUGGAGCAUGACUGUGGGAAGACCGUGUUCUCCAGAGCUGCCCGCGUCUGCAAGAACGACAUUGGAGGCCGGUUCCUGCUGGAAGACACCUGGACCACAUUCAUGAAGGCCCGCCUGAACUGCUCCCGGCCUGGAGAGGUGCCCUUCUACUACAACGAACUGCAGAGCACCUUCUUCCUGCCCGAGUUGGAUCUGAUCUACGGCAUCUUCACUACCAAUGUGAACAGCAUCGCUGCCUCUGCUGUGUGUGUCUUCAACCUGAGUGCCAUCUCUCAGGCCUUCAAUGGGCCCUUCAAGUACCAGGAGAACUCGCGCUCGGCCUGGCUGCCUUAUCCCAAUCCCAACCCCAACUUCCAGUGUGGCACCGUGGACCAGGGCCUGUACGUGAACUUGACAGAAAGAAACCUACAGGAUGCUCAGAAAUUCCUUCUGAUGCACGAGGUGGUGCAGCCAGUGACACCAGCGCCCGCCUUCAUGGAAGACAACAGCCGCUUCUCGCACGUGGCCGUGGACGUGGUGCAGGGCAGAGACACCCUCAUCCACAUCAUCUAUCUGGCCACAGAUUACGGAACCAUUAAGAAAGUUCGGGCACCCCUGAAUCAGACCACAGGCAGCUGUGUGCUGGAGGAGAUUGAGCUCUUCCCAGAGCGGAGGAGGGAGCCCAUCAGAAGCCUGAAGAUCCUCCACAGCCAGAGCGUCCUGUUCGUGGGGCUGCAGGAGCACCUGGCCAAGAUUCCCCUGAAGAGAUGCCAGUUCCACCGCACGCGCAGCACCUGCAUGGGAGCCCAGGACCCUUACUGUGGCUGGGACUCAGUGAUGAAGAAGUGUACAAGCCUGGAGGAGAGCCUCAGCAUGACGCAGUGGGAACAGAGCAUCUCCUCCUGUCCUACCCGAAAUCUCACUGUGGAUGGGAGCUUUGGCCUCUGGUCUCCCUGGCUGCCCUGCUCGCACACCGAUGGCGGCGCCCUGGGAUCCUGCCUCUGCCGCUCCCGCUCCUGCGACAGCCCUGCCCCCCGGUGUGGCGGCUGGCCUUGCCAGGGGUCCAGCAUGGAGAUCACCAACUGCUCCAGGAACGGAGGCUGGACCCCCUGGACCUCGUGGUCGCCCUGCAGCACCACCUGUGGCAUCGGCUUCCAGGUGCGGCAGCGGUCCUGCAGCAACCCCACGCCCCGGCACGGGGGCCGCGUGUGCGUGGGGCAGAACCGCGAGGAGAGAUACUGCAACGAGCAUUUGCUGUGCCCCCCGCACAUGUUCUGGACUGGCUGGGGGCCUUGGGAACGCUGCACGGCCCAGUGCGGGGGUGGCAUUCAAGCUCGCCGCAGGACCUGUGAGAAUGGCCCCGACUGUGCGGGCUGUAACGUGGAGUACCAGCCCUGUAACACCAACGCGUGUCCGGAGCUGAAGAAGACCACGCCCUGGACACCCUGGACCCCAGUCAACAUCUCAGACAACGGCGGCCACUACGAGCAGCGCUUCCGCUACACCUGCAAAGCCCGCCUGCCCGACCCGAAUCUGCUGGAGGUCGGGCGGCAGAGGAUCGAGAUGCGCUACUGCUCCAGCGACGGGACCAGCGGCUGCUCCACGGAUGGGCUUUCUGGAGACUUCCUGCGUGCAGGGAGAUACUCUGCGCACACUGUCAAUGGGGCGUGGUCAGCCUGGACCUCCUGGUCCCAGUGCAGCCGGGACUGCAGUCGGGGCAUUCGGAACAGGAAGCGAGUGUGCAACAACCCGGAGCCCAAGUAUGGGGGACUGCCCUGCCUGGGCCCAUCGCUGGAAUACCAGGAAUGCAACAUAUUACCCUGCCCAGUGGAUGGUAUGUGGUCUUGCUGGUCAUCCUGGUCAAAGUGCUCAGCCACAUGUGGUGGAGGACACUACAUGCGGACCCGCUCAUGCACUAACCCGGCCCCAGCCUACGGAGGGGACAUCUGCCUGGGACUGCACACCGAAGAGGCUCUGUGUAACACACAGCCCUGUCCAGAGAGCUGGUCGGAGUGGUCAGACUGGUCUGCGUGUGACACCUCAGGCAUCCAGAUCCGAGCUCGUCACUGCAUACUUCUGUUCCCCGUGGGCAGUCAGUGUUCCGGAAACACCACAGAGAGCCGGCCAUGCGUUUUUGACUCUAAUUUCAUCCCAGAAGUAUCUGUGGCCAGAUCCAGCAGUGUAGAAGAGAAAAGGUGUGGAGAGUUCAACAUGUUCCACAUGAUUGCCGUGGGGCUCAGCAGCUCCAUCCUCGGCUGCCUGCUCACUCUGCUUGUCUACACCUACUGCCAGCGGUACCAGCAGCAGUCCCACGACGCCACGGUCAUCCACCCCGUCUCCCCCGCGCCCCUCAAUACCAGCAUCACUAACCAUAUCAACAAACUGGACAAGUAUGACUCGGUGGAGGCCAUCAAGGCAUUUAACAAGAACAACUUGAUCCUGGAGGAAAGAAACAAAUACUUCAACCCACAUCUCACUGGGAAGACCUAUUCCAAUGCCUACUUCACAGAUCUCAAUAAUUACGAUGAGUACUAAUAGCUCAUAUAUUUUUUGGCUUCUUGUAAAUCCCCUGUUUCGCAAAGCCUGUGCUACAUGACCGCCCAAGUUCCUGAGGCUUCAGAUCGUAUGCUUGGAUCAAGUUCAAGUCCAUUUCUAGCCAAGAUUGUCCCAUUGCUACCAAAAAUAUGCUUCUUGUAAGCAACAACAACAAAAUCUAAGUGUAACUUGGUGAAAAUCUGGUCUACAACAAACCAUCGAAUGAGCGGCAGUGUGAAGUGUUUUCAUUUUUAAUUGGGUCCAUCGCCUUGCUCUAACAGAUUGGUUAUUUUCAUUACUUCGUUUUACAAAGGUACCACUCAUCUUUAGGAAUGAAAAGUCAUCUGCCCUUUGAGUACAAGUCUUCACGUGGUUUGAAUUUGAGAAAACACGCACUUUACCCGAGAUGCCUCUCCCUCCACGCAGCUGCUAGCAUUUGCCCUCGUGAAGACCAUGGAUUCCGGAUAUGAGGAUGAUUCUUUCCCGGGGCCCAGGACCCUGGGACCUGCACCUGCUGCAGCCUGACCGUGGGCAUUCUGUGCAUCAUCACCCAGGAGUGAGCGGAUGGAGCCCAGGGAGACCAACACUUCCCAUCUACCUGCACAGAAACAUCUGGAACAUUUAGGGUACCGAUUUGGGAAAGUAUUGAAAGUACUGCACUGUACCGAACAAUGACUGUUUAAAUGUCUUCUGUGGUAUUAUUCCAAGUGUUGAAAGAUGUGAGACUGAGACACAGGCCUCUUUCCUUUCUCUUCCACCUCCCUGGUGUAGCUAAUGUAUGGCAAGUACUGUGGAGAGCCCAUCCUCCAGGCAGGAAGUGAUGUCCCAGUGCCCCCGGUCACCUGCUGCCCCGGGCAGGGGAGGCACAGGGCUGGACUCAACGCCUUUUCUUUUAGUCCACCCUGUUUCCCUGCCUGUGCCCCACGCGCAACUCACCCGGCCCCUCUCUCCUUGGAGGCUAUGGUGGUUCAAGUUCACCCUGGGAAGUUUGGGGCUGAAAAUGAGAGGUCAAACGAUGCUUGUGGUCUCAACCAUUCAUCUUUGGUUAACAUUUCCAACUAUUUAUAAGACCAUUCCUCGAGGUUCCCCCAAACAAUCAGUGUUACUCCUUAACAGCUGACACGCAGCCUAUGGCAGUCAUGUGAACAGUAAAGGCAGCAUUGAGAAGGUUUGUCUGCCCCCUGUGGCCCUUAUGAGAAGAAAUGCCUAAAUAGACAUUAAUACCUGUUCCUAUGGGUGAAUGAAACUGCCAGUCUGUGAAGAGGUGCAUUCUGGGAGGUGAGGAACACACAUUUUGUAGCGUAUGUUUUACCCAAUAUUUGAUGUAAAGAAGCAGUCUCAGAAAGUGUUAGAAAAAUCCUGAUAAUGAAAUUCUGGAGUUCAAAAUAUCUUCAGAUAAACCAGAUUUGCAGACAUCGUGAAAACAGCAGGUGGGCUGCCGAGGUCUUGAGGAGUCUGCUGGUGAGAUUCCACACGGCCUCUGACACAUUCCUUGUGCAACGUUCUCGGUCACACUCCUGCAGUAAAAUCCAGUCACACAAAUAUAGCAGAUCCCUGCCUGAUUGAUUCUUAAGGAGAAAUUCCUCAUUGUGUAGCACAUAGCUUUUGUUUUGUUUAAUCUCCCCCUCCUGAAUAUUUUCUUAGCUUGAAAGGUCAUCCUAUUUUUCUUGCAAAGGAUACUAAUAUUUCAAGAACUUGUCACUAGACUAGAUGAGAAAUGCUUUCUAAAUGGCAUCCAAGCUGGACUUUAAUCCAUCUUACUUCACGACCCAACCUUCCCCACCCCCCAGGGGGGUUCAUUUCAUGGAUAACACACAGAGUGAAAAGGAAGCAAGACUCACUUCUAGUUCCCUGUCUCUCGGGUUUCCUCGAUUUCCUCGCCACCACUCCCUUCCAGGCUGUUCUAUUAUUGAUGAGAAUAGCAGGUGGUUUAGUAUGAUUUGAGUUAGCUUUGACUUUAAAAGUAUUUUUAUGAUUGUCUACUGUUUUCUUUGAGAAUUUCCAUGAUGCUUUCAAGCCCCUCGGUCAAUUUGGCCCCAGGACAAUCAGCUUUCUCUAGCUUUGAGGUGCCCUUCCAUCUCAGGGAGGCUUCCUCAUUCUGAGUGGAACAUGGGCUAACUACUAAGUACACUACUGCUGCCACAAAAGAAGCCUGUGGGCCUCCAACCAGAGACCGCAGCCGCCAGUGUUCACACAGUAUUCACGCUGCCACUUUUGCAAGUGAUGUGACGAUGUUGAGCCCUACUGUUCUAUUAAUUUAACCAUUUUUAUAAGACAUUUAGUUAAAACAGCAACCUUGAAUCAACUCAGCUGCAAACUGUGGAAUUCAUAGAUGGCACUGGUCAUGCCCAACACAAUCAGCCGCCCUCACCCCCGUUACAUUGAUGUAGCACAUCCAUAUGUAUGUGAUCAUCUGUCAUUCUCCUGCGAUUACCUAACGUUAUAAAUGGUCAGAUUCUAGAAGCCAUUUCCAGCACCCUGCAUCUUUGGGCAAUGGGUGUGGAGUUGUAAAGCUUCAUGUUCAUUUUGACCUAAGAAAUGCACAAAAGGGUCUACUAUGCACAGUAUAUUGCUAUGUAAGAUAGACUAGCCACCAUUCUCACACUUACUUCUGCUAUUCCCUCUUAUUGUGAUCAUCAAUUCAAUUUGGUUUAAAGACAUUUCAUAACUCUACAAAUACUGAGCCACGGCCUUCAUGUUGUCUGUUCUGAUAGCCUAAUAAAGGAAAAUAUUACUUUGAUCCUUGCUUCUUUUCCCUUUUAGAAAUUGAAAAGCAAUGAACAAGAGAUCAUAUUGAAUUCUUGGUAGCAACUUUGACAAUGGCUCAUAUAACAUUACAGAUACACAUUUAUUAGGAGAUGGAUCAAAAUGCUCUUUUUUGAAAUUUUUUCAUUACUCAUCACAUUAACAGAAAUGUGGCAUAUAUUAUAAAACACCAGGAAUGCAGAUCUGUUCUCAUUUUAAAAUAUAGUUCGCACUAUGAAUUACAUAGAAACCCAUGAAAACCGAAUUCAGAGCCUGGCCCAAAGUGCAAAGUUCCCUAUGGAAGCCUUUUGUUAGAAUGUAGUCUUUUUUUUUUUUUGGUCGG